AUUUUUUUCAUUCAUUCAUCAUUCGAGUUUUCAUGAUUUUCAUGUGCCGGUCGCGUGUUCGUUUAUUUUCAUAAUUUGCGGACACAACAAAUAAAGUUAAUUUAAAAAAGGUGUUGUAUGGCACCAGUUUAUACUCAAUAGCUUUAAAUUAUUAUUGCCACCGCCAUCAAGUGAAAAUGCAAUAGACGAUCAUCUUUCAACUACAGUGUUUGGAAUUUUUCACACAUCGAACUAUUUUGGAAAUAUUCGACCACAUAAGCAGCAAAUAUGAACUCUGUCCGAACUUUUGUGUCCUUCGCCUUGAGUAAUGGAAAACAUGGAAUCAAAACAUCUAAAAACACGCAGCUCCGCCAGCUUCUGUCGUGCGCGCCGCUCGGCGUGGCGGUGUCGGGCCGCGGCGCGCACAGCCAGGACCUUACCAAGAACAUACAGUACAUCAGCAACGACAAGGUCAAGCUGACUGUUGAUCCGGUUACUAUGCGACUGGACAAACAGAUCGACCGGCCCCUCUGCAUCAUGAUGAACUGGCUGCUCGCGCAACACAAGCACGUGAUGAAGUACGCCGCUCUGUACCUGGAGCAGGGCUUCGACGUGGUGUCGGCGUCCUGCUCGCCGUGGCAGCUCAUGUGGCCUAUGAAGGGCUCCCAGCUGAUAGCAGGCGACCUGCUCAAGCUGAUCGCCAACAACCCGAGUUACAGCCCGCUGACGCUGCACGGGUUCUCUGUCGCCGGCUACCUGUGGGGAGAGGUCUGCAUGCACGCCAACGCGAACAAGCCUCUCUACCAGCCCGUACUGGAUCGGGUCGUGGCCCAAGUAUGGGAUUCCGCGGCGGACAUCAGCGAGAUCACCAUCGGCGUGCCGGCCGCCGUGUUCCCGCGCAACGCCAUCAUGCAGCGCACGCUCAGGACUUAUAUGGAAUACCACAUGAAAACGUUCCACGAGUCAGCAACCGUGCACUACAUGCGUUCGUCUCAAACGUUCCACCUGAACCCGUGCCACGCGCCGGCGCUGUUCCUGCUGUCGAAGACGGACCCCGUCGGCUCGGAGACCAGCAACCGACGCGUCUACGAGUCCUGGGUGCGCAACGGGAUACAGUGCACCUGGAAAGUAUUCGACAAGUCGCCGCACGUGCAGCACUUCAUCAAACACCCCAAAGAGUACGUCUCGGCUCUCUACACGCACCUCGAUGCCGCCAACGUACUCACACAGCCAGAGAAAAUGAGGAUGAGGUGCUAAGUUGCUAACUCUAUGGUCUCCUUUCUUUUUCUUCUUUUUGUAACCAGCCUCUCUGAACUGUCAAAUUCAAAUACUGUAAUGUGAUUGGAGGUGCUAACUCGUUGGCCUCCUUUUGGUUUUUUUUCGUCUUUUGAUAACCAGCGUGAAGAACUGUCAAAUUCAAAUACUGCAAUGUGCGGAUA